CUGUUGCGUUCACGCGUUAUGUGAGCUUCAUCCAGAACUCAGUCUGCAACAAGACGAUGCGGCAUGGCAGAGCGACGACUUGUAUUGGCGGUGGUCUUUGUUGGCAGUUUUGCGGUAAUGGUGGCUGAUGGGAUGGUGUGCUACUUGGGGAACGAGCCGGAUUCAAACGGCACCGUCCAAUGGGUGCUGCCCUACCGAGACCCGUGCGAGUGCAAGGAGAUACGGCUCGGUAGCUUCAACACCCGAGCACCGAGCCGGCCCUUCACUCCCACUUACUUCAACUUGACGGCAGUGGCAGUGGGAGAUUUGAACGCGGUUCUCAAGCUUGUGGACUGCAAACCAGGGUGCCACAUCUUCGAGACAAGCGGCUAUGUGUAUAACUACAAGUUUGCAGCGCUCCCUCGAUCUACCGAUGGGGGAGUUCUUGUCAGAUUCGCCGUGCGCGUUGAUUAUGACGUCCACAUCGCUCUCACCGGACAGAACGCCGACUCCCUCAAAAUGUACGAAAUCAUCAUCGGCGGAUGGACUGACACGAAGUCGGCGAUUCGUCGGAAGAAGCAAGGAACAGCACUAACAACACGUUACGAGUCGGCGGGAUGGCUGGACGGGCAGACCUACAUGGAUUUCUGGGUCAGCGCAUCCCCUGGUACCGGCACUGCCGACUUGACCAUCGCGGUCGGUCGAGGCUCGGACACCGCGCCUUUCAUGAGUUACGUGGAUAGCUCUCCGCUACCGGUGACCCACUUGGGGUUUAGCCUGUGGGGCUCGUCGUUGGUCGGCCAAUUCAAGUUCUGUGGCCUUAAUUUAGUUUCCGAUUCUUAACUUUAGUAAUGGCAGUUAUGUUCGAAUGCACCCAGCUUGACUAUACCAUGAGGGUAUUAAGGCUAUAAGAAUACCUUAAAAUCUUGUUUUAUG